UUGUUGGAAAACUUGGUGUGCAUGUUGCUGACUGUGCAUUUAGGCACCUGCCUGUUAUUUCAUAUACAUACCAAAACAGACGACAAAGAGUCUUGGUAUAAGCUGGGUUUUCCAGAAUUCGUCAACAGCCAUAAAAUAAAGUUUGACAAUUAUAUGACUUGUUGGUAUUACUGCUCCUGUCGUUUGUACAACGUUAUUUUUGGAGACGCUUUCCCUUUGCUUGAUGCCGACAAAUGGCUAACAUCUUUUCUCAUGAUAGUCGGCUACGUGGUUUUUCGUUUCCAGUACAUUGGGAUUUUAACCUGGGAAUUAGUAUUGGAAAAUUCCCGAAGGUCGCUGUUCGUAGAUCAGUACCACCAUAUGGUUAGUUUCCUCAAGCUGCGCAGUGCUCCCACGUGGUUGCUGGACCAAGCGAAGGAAUAUAAGAAACGGCUUUGGACAAUGAAAGACGGCGUGUUGUCCUGUAACGAACUGCACAAAUUACCACUGGCAUUGAGGAUGGAACUCGUGUUUGAUAUCAACAUCGUGCAUUUCCAUAAUUCUCUGCUAUUUAGAGACGCAGACGAGGCAUUCCUUCGUCAAAUUUCUCUAUUGAUGAAGCAUGAAUUGUUUCUGGCGGGUCAACACAUUUGGAGCCAGAACGUGGUGAAAAUGGGAAUGAUUUGCAUCAAGCGAGGAGUCAUAGAGAUGCUGUCGGAUGAGGACGACGAGAGUCCCAUUAUAGCUUUCAAAGAAGGAACUGUGCUGGGCGAGCUGAGUUUAUUCUUCUCCAUCCCGUCAAAGGUUACGGUAAAAGCGGCUACUUACGUGGAGAUCCAGGUAUUGCGUCGGACGGAUUUCAUGCGAGUGGCAGAAGAGCAUCCUACUAUGUUGACGUAUGUAAGGAACAAAAUUAUGGAGAGGUUGCGGAAAUCGAGGCAAAGGCAGGAAGCAAUAGAGGAAUACGACAAAGGAGAUUCAAGACUGAUUCGAACUCGUUACAGACCUAUGAAAGUGCUUAAAGACAAUUUGGCUGGCAUCGAAGAAGAAGACCCAACAUUCGUAGACGAUUCUCACAUGUAUUACAAAGAUGAGAAUAAUGUGCGGCAGCCGAAAUUCACCGCAGAAUAUUUGGAAUUAUAUCAAAUGUCUAGUAAAGUUACAACUAUCGAUUCGCCCAAAAUAUGUUUAAAGGCCAAUUUUCCAUGGAUAUUGCAACCGAAUACAGCUUUUACUCACAUGUUCGAUGUUGCGCAUUUCCUUAUGGUUUUAUACUUGUGUGCCUUCUCCCCAUACUAUGCCUUGCAAACACAAAGAACAGAAUUUGAAAUCGCCUUCAGCACUCUUGUUGUGGCUGGGCUGUUACUUAAUCUUUAUAUUCAGCUUACCACGGCUAUUAUUGAGAAGAACAUCAAAAAAGAAACAGUAAGGGAGAUAGCAGAGGUCAAAAUGUCGUCAGUAGGGUUCUACCUGGACGUUUUGUCAGUAUUCCCGCUGUACAUCUUCUCCGACACCUUCGACCCCAGUCACAAGUCAGUCAUCGGUCAAGUGGUCAAACUGUUCCCGAUGCUUCAAGUGUGGCACAUUUGGGACUACUGCUGCAAAUGGAUGAAAAAUUUUAAUACUCAUCUUAAGCUCCUAGUAUUAGUGAAGCACAGUUUGUUAUUCAUAAUUUGUUGCUACUGGGCCGGGUGUUUAUUAUAUCUGUACGCUUGUCCAAGAAAAUUAUGUUACGAGAAAUCGUGGAUGUCCCAGCUGAUAUACUGGGAGACGAAAGUGUUUAUGACCAACAACGCCCGGCACGAGCGACCGAUGGUGUCCGCCUUCGCGUUCGGCACCUCGGUCUUCACUCUCACUGGCUCCUCGGACCUAGCUCCUGGUGUACGGGACUUGCUCAUAGUCGUUAUAAUGUUUACUAUAGGAGGCUUCAUAUAUUGCUUCUACACUGCCAAAAUUUGUAGCAUUUACGUGCUUGAAACCAGAAGGAAAUUGAAAUUCAAGGGAUCCAUGACUGAGCUGUUCUACUUUCUAACAGUAAAUCAUGUCAGUGGCAAGAUAAAGGCGAGAGUAAAGAAAUUUUUCGGUGUCCAGUGGUAUUACAACAACUCUGUAUCAACGAAAGAGAUAUUCAAAGACAUGUCCACGAACAUUCAGCAAGAGGUGCUUUCUGUAGAAAUGGUGGAGACGUUGCUGUAUUGCCCAAUUUUUCAGGGUUGUAACCGCGAUUUUCUGCAGACCGUCACAGCUAACUCCCGGACUAUAGUGUUGCCUGACAACGAAGUGGUGCAACAUGCUGCUGAUAUUGGACGCGACAUGUAUAUCUUACAGAAGGGCCAUUGUAAUUUGCUUAGUAACAAUGGAAAAGUUGAAAAGUCAAUUGGACCCGGGUGUCAUUUUGGAGACGUUGAAAUGCUUUUCGGAUUGCCUAAAGUGUACACAGUCAUGACAACAACAAAUUGCAUAUUACUGCACGUGGAAUACAGAACAUUGGUGCAAUGCUGGGGCACAUUCCCUGAUAUUAGUCAUCCCAUUAUCACGGUAAUCGAAGACCCAGAGAUACAGGAAAGAGCUAAAUGUUAUGAAGAGGCCAAACCGUUGAGUGGUAGACUGGACUCGAAAACAAACAGAAUAGCGCAAGAGAUAAAGGAAAGUUUCGUGUUUAUGUCGGACCGCGGCGGGAGAGAGCAGUAUCUGAGCGCUUUCGAAGGUCUAGGGGUCAUGAGAUAUCUGAAAUACUUGUUUCUACCUGGUUGUAUUACCCCACACGGAAUUUUCCUGAAGACGUGGUGCUCACUACGUUUUAUCUUUGCCUGGUACUACGUUACCAUUAUUCCUUACAAUAUGGCUACAAAACAACACAUUCACCAGGGCGUAUUCUACUACACUGAUAUAUUUCUAUACUUCGACGUCGUAGUGAUGGCUUACGUCGCUUACUACAAUGAAAACUCUGUAUUGGUCACUCAUCCCCUACUAACGGUCUCCCGAUAUUUGAAACACGCGUUUUUACUCGACGCCGUCAGCAUUUUUCCGUUUGAACAAUUGGUUCGGAUAGUGAAUGAGAACAAUAAUUUAGACAUGUUUAGACUGAAUAGAAUGUUAUUGCUAACUAGAAUAACCGGUGCCUUCACGUACUGGGAAAGUGAUAUAAUGCAGGUCAACUUCGCAGUAGUGCUGAUGAAGUUCCUCCCCAUAGCGGUCACCUUCGUCAACCUCGCCACAGCUUGUCUGUUCGUCAACUCUUGUUCUGACCCACGAAUGCAAACGAAUUCCACCACCAAUUAUGUUAUGGUGGUAUGUUCGAGAAUAAUUAAUACACCAGCCAGGCCUGAGCAAAAAUUUGCAGUCACUGAAUACGCAUAUACAUUUUUCUGGGCCUUUCAAAUAUUUGUCGGAUGCGGCUGUACCCCGGUGAAUGUGUCAAACAACGUGGAGGUCUGGCUAACCAUGGUUCUUCAAAUAGUUGGCUGCCUGUACUUCGCCUUCAUGUUCGGCUAUGUCUCAUCCACACGUUCUGCUUCCACGCACGCCUUGCUCGAACAUUCAGAAAAAACAAAAGAUUUGGCGAACUUUUUGUACCAAGAGAAUGUGGAUCCGACGCUGACGGCGAGAACUCUGAAAUAUUUCGAAUACGUGUGGAAGAGGACGAAUGGCAGCAACGCUCAGCAAAUCUGCCGCCGUCUCCAUUCUGCGCUGAUGGAAGAUACUUUGGUCUUUAUGUACGAGAAGGCUUUGAGAGAAGUGCCGCUCUUCGGGAAGGUGGAACGGUCUUUCAUCAGGGUCUUUACGCAACAUCUGGAUGAAAUGUACUUCCUCAAAGGAGAAACUGUCGUACAGUGCUUGGACGUGCAAAAGUAUAUUUACAUAAUAUAUAGGGGCAAGGUGGAUGUCUUGACAUCAUACAAUGAAAUGAUAACAUGUAUGGGACCUGGAGGCAUGUUUGGCAACUUUAGUGGGCAACCAAUGGCUUGUUCGUCAGUGACGAUUUUCGCGAGUCGCAGCCUUGAUUUACUUGUUAUAUCUGGCCAGACAUUUUUCAACCUUAUCAAAUACUACCCCAAAAUUCAGGAACCUUUGAACAAGGCAUUCGCAGUUUCUAAGGACUACAUUUUGCCCAUAACCAUGAACUGGAAUGAUGAUUCGUUAUCAGAGGGAUCUGAAGUGGAAUUGUACUCGCUGGGAUCAAUUGGCGACUCUAGAAGUGAAUCGAGCAGAGAUGGUGGAGCAUCUGCUAUAUUACGCACCAGUACCUCGCAGUCAAAUGUCAGUCAGUCAAAAUCUGGCACCAGCGUGGCCACGUACUAUAGUUUCCUGAGCAUCAAUAACCUCCUUAGACCCGGUUCAUGGCUCUUUCAGGGAUUUGGAUACUUCACCUGUAUUAUAACUACAAUGAAUUACGUUGUAGUACUGUAUGAAGUUGUCACUCUGAACGAUUGCCUCGUGUUCUUCUGGCUUCAAGCUAUGUUCGACAUAUUCUUCUACAUCAAAACUUUUUUGACGAUGCAUCAAGGUUAUUUAACAAAGCAUGGAGACGUUUUGAUUGAUCCCGUAAAAUGUAGAAGAAAAUAUUUUAAAAAGGCCGUAUGGGUUUGGGCUGAUAUUUUGGGGAAUGCACCCUUGGAGUUCAUUGGCUUCUUUUUUCGGGAGCCACUUCGGUUGAAGGUAAUCCACUACUGCCGGAUCAACAAGAUAAUUCGACUGUCAUAUUUGAUAGAAUUCUAUAAUAAGACAGCCGCUGAGCUUACCAAUAACCUUACUAUCUUGCAGGGUGCAAUGACCUUGAUAGUUGUUAUUAUAAUAAUACACACAUUCACGUGUUUCUGGCUGGUGACCAUGAUGGCUUUAUCUCCAAUUACUAUUAUAAGGACUCUCAAGAUGCAUCUCAUAGAUGAGGUCACACCACAGCGUCGUUGGGACUAUGUCUCCUCAUUAAGCGUCAUCAUCUCAGAGCUGACGAUGACUGGCGGAGAUGAGUUCGUUAUUGAUGAUAUGCUCCCUAUGCUUAUCCUCGCCACCUGUCUGAUCAGCGGGAAAAUGCUGGCUUCGGUCGUCGUAGCCACGUCUAUACAACUCGCAUAUUCGACAAAGUACGCAAUGGUCCAGUACGAGAAGUCGACGACUGAGCUCAUUGAUAUGUUGAAGAACCAGGGAUUAUCUUGUUAUCAACUAAAGAAGUUUGUGAAAUAUGUUCAACAACUUUGGACUACUGAACGAGGCCGGCAGUUGCCAAUUCUUCUGAGCCAAACUCCAUACGUGCGGCGAUGUAUACUGAUGUCCGCCAUGUUCGGCCACCACCUGAGGAACUGUCACAUCUUCUGCGACACCGGAGACGCAUUUCUACGACAGCUGGCUGGAGCUCUGGACUAUACUACUUUUUUCCCGGGCAAUUACAUAGUAGUAGCUGGCGACAGCGAAGCCCGCAUGUACUGGGUGGCUUCCGGCGUGGUGUCGGUGGUGUCCGUCCGACCGGAUCUCACGGAGACCACUCACGAGUUCCUGCACGCUGGAGACAUGUUCGGACUACUCCAAGGGCUUAAUAGGGGGAUUUCGCACUGUUUCUCGUAUAGGGCUGAGACGAAGGUGAGUGUCGUAACUCUAGCAUUGGAAUCAUGGGUUCACAUGCUGCCAUUCUUCCCAGACGCCAAGAGAAUCAUAGUUGAUAGUGCUGACCUACUUUUUACCGUACUAGUUUAGCAAAUAUAUUUUAUUAAGUUAUCUGCAUGUUGGUUAUUAUGUUGGAUUGAACAUAAUAACAACAUAUACCACUAAAAUGUAGAACGAUA